UACGUAUCAGAAAUGUGUCAAGCAAGGUAAUUGUAGCAAUACCAGCGUGUUUGGCGUCAAAUGAAACAAUAUAAAAAGCUCAGCACACGCACCUCUUCAACUACAUCCAAAAUCACUUUACCAAGUUCAUUCAACAGUGUUCAGCACCACCAACCUCUAGUAAAAUGACGCAGCCCAUUCCCAUUACCACUCCUACUCGAGUGUUCGAAGAUCACACUCAUACCGUCUACGGAGUCGCAGAUGUUCCCUAUAGUCAACGCAUGGUGACCUCCUCUGAAGACAGGCUGAUUCGUCUGUGGGACAUGAAGACAGGUGAAGUAUUGAAGAAAAUGGAGGGACACACCGGUGAGGUCAUGGGAUUGGCGGUAUCGCGAGAUGGGCAAAUGAUAGUGACCGGUGACGAGAACGGAGAACUCAUCGCCUGGCAGGCAAAAACUGGGGAAUCUCUCACCAAACCUAUCAAAGUCCACGGCAGUGCGCUCCGCUCGCUGGACUUUUCACCGGACGAUGCGUUUGUCGCCACCGCGUCGUCGGCACCAAAUGACCAAAGGGUCAAGUUUUGGAACACUAAAACAUGGGCGCAAUACCCCGGAAAUUACGACUGCGGUAGUACUGUCCGCUGCGUUCGGUAUGCGCGGUCUGGCGUGUAUAUGCUUGCGGUUGCAACAGACGAAGACAUCCAAAUCUACGUCAGCGAGAAACUCCAAAAGAGGUUCAAGGGUCACAGUCACGGUACAUUGUCACUCGCCUGGUCUCCUGAUAGAACGCGCCUUCUUUCUGGGGGAGAUGACCGUGAUCCCAGCAUAAGGGAGUGGGACACAUCGAGCUGGACGCAGGUCGGUCUUCCCUGGACGGGCCACACAUACAAAGUCAAUUCCAUCGCCUUCAAUUCUUCUGGCACGCAUGCAGUUUCCGCCUCUAGCGACAACUCUGUUCGUCUCUGGCAGCUCUCCGAUAAACAUACCAUCGCUAUCUUCCAGCACACUUCUUCUGUCGUUUGCGCAGCCUUCUCCGCGGAUGGCACGCGCGUCCUCAGCGGAGGUUAUGAUAAGAAAAUCACAGAGUGGACGGCACCUAUGGGUACUUCACUUGCCAGUGCGGAUGCUUCCAACGAAAAGAUUGUUUAUUCGGCUCUAAGAACUGCCCAAAAGUGGGAGCCAGAGAUGCAGUCAAUGGUUCAAGUUUCAGGCUUUGAUUGCGAGUUUCAAGAGACUGCUCUAACGCCACUAGUUGUGAAGACUAUGGAAUAUGAUUCAGAGACUGUAGGCUCCGAUUCCGAGUCUCUGCAUGCCGUUUCGAUGACCGGAAGCUUCGGUUCCAAGUCUCUGCAGGAGGUUUCGACGACCGGAAGCUUCGAUUCCAGGUCUCUGCAGGAAGUUUCCACAACUGGAGGCUUUGAUUCCAGGUCGUUGCAGGAAGUUUCGACAACAGGAAGCUCCAAUUCCAAGUCUCUGCAGGGAGUUUCGGUAACUAGAAGCGUCGAUUCCAAGUCUCUGCAGGAAGUUUCGACAACAGAAAGCUCCAAUUCCAAGUCCCUGCAGGGAGUUUCGGUAACUGGAAGUUUAGAUUCCAAGUCUCUGCAGGGAAUUUCGGUAACUAGAAGCGUCGAUUCCAAGUCUCUGCAGGAAGUUUCGACAACAGAAAGCUCCAAUUCCAAGUCUCUGCAGGGAGUUUCGGCAACUGGAAGUUUCGAUUCCAGGUCUCUGCAGGGAGUUUCGGUAACCGGAAGUUUAGAUUCCAAGUCUCUGCAGGGAGUUUCGGCGACUGGAAGUUCCGAUUCUAGGUCUCUGCAGGAAACUUCGACAGCUGGAGGCUUUGAUUCCAAGUCUCUGCAGGGAGUUUCGAUGAUCGCAAGCUCAGAAUCCAACUCUCUGCAGGCAGGUUUGAAGACCGCAAGUUCCGCUUCCAAAUCUCAGCAAUUGUCUUCGACUGUCCGUUGGAGCAGUCUUUUACCAAGUCUAUGCGGGCUGUUUCAAAGACACUUGUAAUCACCAUGGAUGAGCUCCUCGCUAUCACCAAGACCAUCCGUACUGCAUCCAUCACAGGGGACUUGUUCACCGCUGAGAAGAUCCUCACUCAAGAGAUCACUGCCGACGCCAAGAACUUCGCCUCCUAUGCCAACCGCUCUUUCGUUUUGGCACGCAAACUCAACUGGGAAAAUGCGCUUCAGGAUGCAAACAAGUCCCUUGCCAUACGGUCGUCGUUGGCUGGCUAUAUCGCCAGAGGUAUCGCCCUCUGUGGAAAGCAGCUUGUCGAGGACGCGAGGACAGCCUUUGAUCUGGCAUUCACGUU